UUAUUAGUAAGAGAGCUCUUCUCUCCUUCGCGGGGUCUGUUUACAUAUAAUGCAGCUGUGAGGACAGUGUGGUUUCAGCAGCAAGAGGAGACAGAGACAGCAGAUGCUGCUGCUCUUCCUGCUGCUGCUGCUGCUGCUGCUGCAGCAGCAGAUGGAACAGCAGCAGAUACAGACCCUGCAGGUGGUUCAGGUGCUGGUGCUGCAGAAGCAGGAACAGCAGCAUCAGCAACACAAGCAGCUGCUGCUGCAGCUCCUCAGCAAACCCCACACGAGUGUACAAACAGCUGCAAGGCGAUGAUAUCGCGGUUGAAGAUUUUUGAUUUGAGCGAUGUGUUUCCUGACGAGUUAAACAGCUUUCACAAGCUGCUAGAAAUAGAAGACGAGGCCGAGUUCAAUCGCUUGCGGGUAAGACUUCCUCAUCAGCAUUGA